GACUUCAAAGUCAAAAACAUGUUUUAUUUUAUUAACUAUUUCAAGAACUUGUACUUUCAAGUAAUAAUUCUUGUUUUCAAUUCUUUAAUAAAUAUCCCACAAAUAUUUUUCUGUAUUCGUCAUAAUUUUAAAACAUAUUACAGAGACUUUAAUUUUAUAACUAGUCUAGAGCUUUUGAACAGAUUUACUUUGGCAGUGACGUUGGACAGCUUGAAUUUGACAGAUUUGAAUUGUAUUGACUUUUGACUUGUAGUGUUAUUUUAUACUUUGUUUGUUUUUUGAACUAUUGACUGUGUUAUAAAUUAAAAUAGCUAGCAUAGAUUUAAGCUUUAUUUCUUGAAUGGUAUACAUUAUAUUAUUUGUUUGAAUUAUUUAAGAAGACCUUAUAAAAUGUCAGAAGACUUUCAAUCAAUUGAUGUCCAAUUCAACUGGGAGAUUUGUCCUCCUGAAAUACUGUGGGAAGUCUUUAGAUAUUUGUGCAAUAAAUCUCUGUUUUACUGUUUAUUUGUAAGUAGGCGGUGGAAGAAUGUUGCAAACGAUUUUAUUGAGUGUUACGGCCUAUGGGAGAGAAUUGCCAAAGAGGAAAUGGAUAACAACGGAGUUUCGUUUCGAAGAAAAUCGACACUAGGCUGGAGAAACAUGUUGAUGAAUUCCAAGCUUUGGAGUUAUGUAGGUUCAGCUAAAAUAAAACGUAUACACACGUAUCGACUGGUCAACCUCGAUAAAGUUCAUAUUUAUAAGGAUAAGAUGAUUUUAAAGACUGAGGCGGAUGCAGUGCAUUAUUACAACGUAAAAAGUUUUCAACUGGUCAAAGCCACUAAGACCUUAAAUAAAGGCUUAGACUUUACUGAGAACGAUAGUAUGGUUGUCGCCUUAACACAAACGGGUGAUACACAAAGAGGCCUUUAUUUAUACGGGAAACCAACCCCUAAUUCGUGUAUGCUUGACAAUAAAACUCAUUACGUCGACACAGGCUUUUUGUUCACACUUGAAGACAACGUAUGCUACGUUGUGACAUCAACAUUCGUUGUGUGGGCUUGCACAUGGGCCAACAAUAAAUGGGAGGUCCGUCUAGUCGGCCGGUACUACGGGAGCGACUACGACAGACCGGCCGCCAUACACGUGUACAAGGGUAUAGUGUACAUGGUCACGAAGUAUGGUUUCGUCUUGAGUGAAGUUCCGGAGACGAAGAACUUUCACAGGAUGUUCAAUUAUAGCAUACCGCAACAUAAGGGCGCAUCAAAAUGGGUGCUGUUUCAUAAAUACAAUGUGGCUGUUGCUGUGAAAACAAAGAAUCGUCGCGUAUCGAUCUGCUACGAUAAAAUGACGAACCACAUGCGUUUGGAGUGCCCCAACAUGUCGUGCGCCACUGAACAUGGUCACGUCGUAUUUCUCGGAUUCAAGAGUGGAAGAGUUAUCAUCUGUCUAACAAACAAGACAUUGAAGAAGGGUUCUAAACCGGACCGCACUCUCCGCGUGCAGGACUUCGACAACACCAUCAGAGACCCUCGGAUCCUCGCCAUCGAAGUCUUCGAAGACAAGCUCUCCCACCACUUGCUCAUCGCUACCAAGGACCGCGUCAUACAACUACACAUCAAGUACCCAACAGAAAUCACUGAAUUAUAUGAGUAAAUUUAUAUUUAGAUAUUGAUGUAUGAAAACCCAAGAUACAUAGUUUUGAAAAUGGUAACUUGGAAUGGGUUGAUAGUCUCGCGUCGUAAAAACAAACUUAAGACAGGUACGUAAGGUUCGAAAUUACAUGAGAGAUUGUUGGGCACAGUGUUGACGCUUACUUUUAUUGUGGAUCGUGUUUCUUGUGUUUUUAUACGUCAAUUAUUUAGCUCAAUUUUUUGGUAUUUUAGAAGUUUAUAUUGUAUAAAUGUAUACAGGGUUAUUUAGCAGUCUUUUAAAUGGAGGAGGACGCUUAAACAGGGCCUUGAAACGUUUUACACCCUCCAAGAAUUUACUUAUUAAAGAAUAAUCUUGUUUGUAAGUGGAAUGUUCGAAACAUAUCUUUUACAAUACAAGGGUUUGGCCUUGCACCCUGUAUAUCUAAAUCUAGUCAAUAUUUUUAUCUAGUCUAUUUUAAUUGUUGACUGAUCUUUGUGUGUUCACGUAAGUGUUCAUUUAAAGUAGUUUGUAUAGUUAUUGAAUCUAUUGUAUUGUAUUUUAGGUGUAUUUUACCUUGUAGGGUAUGUUAGAUAUAAGGUCUAAGUUAACCUCGUCUCUAACUUUCGCAAACUUAAGAAUAUUUAGUGUGUGAGAGGUCGUUAUAUUAUUAUUUAUUUGAAAACUUAAGCCGGUUCGCAUUUGAUCUUCGUUUACCGAAUACGUUUUUUUUUCAUUGACCAUGUUGGAGUAGUUGCGACGACAUAUGUGACAGUUUUCUGUAUCAUGAAGUAAUAGUCGUCGGUUGAUCUAAAAAUAAAAUAAAAACUGCCAACACACUUAAGCCCUGUUAUUUGAAACCCAUUAUUAAAGUAAUAAACUAUUUUUUCUCACACUCUUUAAUAUGGCUUGGUUUUAAACAUAGUUAAGAACACCCCCGGUUUAUUUUGUAUAAUAUACAUAGUAAAUACUAUUAAAAAUUUAAUGUCCAACAAAAAAAAACAGAAUGUGUAAAAUGGAGACUGUGAUGGCUUAUAAUAAAAGUUACCGUUACCGCGUCACAAAACUUAAAUAAUCGUCCAGAAAUGUUUUUAGUACCCGAAGUUAUGUAAUAAUCAAAAAACCGCUUGGUAUUUGUAAUUUAUUAUCCAACAAACAAUGUACAAUCCGAACAAACUAUCUUUGGUAUAAUUUCAUACUAUGCAAUUACGAUAUUAAUUAAAUUAUUAAUACACUAGUUAACUGAAUAUUUGUUGAUAUAUCAUGAAGUUACAAUAGCAGUAGCUACUGGUUCUACCUAUUUAAACAAAAAUGAAUGUUACAUUUAUUUAUAAAUACGACUAGGUCGUAGUACAUUUUUAAAGUAGUUUAAACCAAUCAGAUAAUAUAAUGAUACAUUAUAAAUGUUGCAGUAAAAGAUACAAUAAAUAAUUCACUGAA